UGCUGUCACUGGGGUUUUUGUAAUGUGUUGCCUCGGCUGCUUUUCGUCCGUGAACUGAUUAUGCUGCCGAGGUCAUGAAAUACAAGUGUUUUUCAAUUGAAGGUAGAAUGUUGGCAGAAGUGGAAGCUUUUAAUAUAUAUUUGCUCUUCUGUCUAAAUAUGUUUAAAUAAGGGUGAACAGAUCUUUCAUUUAAGAUGUUAUUUUGUGUGACAAGCUUACAAAACUUGAAAAAUGGAUCAACUAGUUCCUUUUUGGUGUAACAACCUGGCAAAGUAGUUUUCAGUGGUGGUAUCUUGCAACCAGAUAUCCAAGUGAAGUGACCAUUUUUACUUCUCAAAUUUAUAGUAUAUACAAUAUAUAUAGCAUAUAUAUAAUAAGUGUCAACAUUUUAUGAAAAAUAAAAACAUUUUAUGAAAAACAAAAACCCAAGCAAGUAUAAAAGGCUUAAGUAGUUACAUGUUUAAAGAAACAAUAAGAAAAAUCUAAGUAUAGUGUAUAAUAUGAUCAAGAACACCUUUUUGCUACAAACCAGUCAAGCAGCAUCUAGCAAAUAUACCUUCAAGUACAGCCUUUUCUUCACUGACAACAUUAGACAUCCCAUAUAUAUAGCAUGCGUGCAUUUGGCUUUGUAAUUUUGUCAUCUGAAACUGUGCCACAGCAUUCAGAUUUUUAUAGCAUUUACACUGCAUAAAUGAUUACUCAAGAGAGACACAUUUUGUUGAGUGUCUUUAGAAAGUGGAUUGGAAUUAGAUUCUAUAGGUCUGUAAUUUUUUCAUCUACUUCUAAAACCAGUAUAAACCAGAAAUCCCACUCUUGUCUCCUCAGAUCACUUUGUUCUUCUGGAAUUCAGGUCGAUGUUUUAACUUUAAAACGUCCUCUAGCCCUGUUACAUCCACUGAUCAUCCAAUACUGUGAGGGAGGUUUGGGUCUUGUAGGUGUGUAAGGAAGAGAGAGUACUGUGCGUGAAUAAGAGACUGUAAAAGGAGACGUAAGUAUCUGCUAAAGGGCAGGGAGAAGAGUUCAUAGCUGGUCUGGAUGCUUGGGGGGGUGAUCAAAAGCCUUAAUAAGUUGUAUAAUUUGAUUUUGCUUGAGUAUGUGAGGCAGCACAUGAUGGAAAUUUCCUGUACCUUUUGAAUUUCAGUUUAGAAAAUAACAAUAUGAGAAAUUGGGUUUUUUGAGACCAGGGAGUAUAUUUGUGAUGUUUGAUUUUCAAUCUUAAAAUCCCAUAAGCCAUUGUAAUCCUGACAUAGUACAUCAAGCUACUGUAUGUUAACUUAUUUGCUUUUACAUAAAUCUUAGUUUUUAUAAUGAGAAAAAAAUAGUUUUAAAUGGAGGUAGAGGUAAGAACAAGAUCAAAACUGUAAGAGGAGAGCAUAGAGAAGUAGCACUGAUAAUUUCAAAUAAAGAUUAUAUGUUGUAUAUUACAUUUUUCAAUUCACGUUUGUCUUGAAUCUGGAGCAAUAAGUAUUUGUUGAUUUGUAGUCUCUUUCAGCCUUGUCCAAGCUAUUUGCCAGAUGUCUGCAGUAGUUACACUAAUUAAAAUGGCAUUGCCUAGUAGAGCUUGCUCUUCCCUCAUGCUACUAACUUGAAGAUAUUUCAUUUAAAGGUGUCUUUUAUUACAACACAACACUUUUGGCCCCUCUUUCUCCCCCAAGGCAUUUUCUUUGCUUUCUUGCACCCCACCCUGAUUAUUUUAACAUUUUGGCAGCCAUGUUCUAAUAUUUCAGCAACACAUGUGCUGGGUUCUUUAAAUUCACGAAUGUUGCUAAUCUGAAAUUAGAAUUUCAGAUAUUUUUGCAAGCCUAUUUCAGCUGAGCUAAUUUUAGAACAGUGUUGUUGAAUGAAAUGUGCACAUAAUUUUGUAUCAGCCGUGGGUGGAUCGCCCAUAUCUUGAGAUGAGCUGUGACAGCCAGAUAAAGUAUCCACAGUACAGAAUUCUAUUAAAUGAAUAAUCUUGUUUGUUAAAUGAUUAGGUAUUGAAAAAGUUCACUGCAAGUGAACAAGUUCAGAAAUUUUGACAUAGACUUGUCAUUCACAUGAUCUCUAAUAUCGAAGUAUUAAACAUAAUAUAGCCAUUGUUGCUUAGGUAAGUAUAUACUUCCCCUGAAUUUCAGAAGCAAAUGAUCAAGAUUGCAAUUCAGAUUAAUGUGUAGUCAGAGUAAAGAAUAUAUUCCCAUUCUAUAAUGCUUCUUGAUUUCCCUACAUGCUUGUUUCUCGUAGUACUUUCUAUAAAUGUUAGACUAUAAGAUGUCAUGACAAAUGGUAAAGUGACACUGAGAAUUUUUUAUUGUUGUUUUGUGGUAACGUGUUCCUACAUGUAAUAAUACCCUUAUUUAAAAAUUUAAAGUAUGAUACCAUUAAAUGUAUUGAUUCAACAUUAAAUAGUCUUACGUUUUUGUAGUAACUGUUGCAAAUCAAAACACCUGUCAAGAUAGGCCAUGGAGUUAUGUGGAGGAGAUGAUGCUGAAUGAGAAGUAUCUAAAAGGUUAAAAAUGGGAUGCCUGGGAGGGAGCGGGGCUGGCGGGUGCUGCGGGCGAGGGGCUGCGGCUGCAGGACAUGUUUCAGAUGCUCCCCUCCGGUAGCAAAGUUACGUAAUGCGGAGCUAAGACCAAGAAUUUUGAGCAUUGUCAGCUGUUACUCGGGACAAUUUGGUGUUUCCUUUUGGACAGCUGACCUGCUCUCAAAAGGCAAUAUAAACAAUCAGUGUAAUAAAAAUCAAAGUAGCCAGGGAGAUUCCGUUGCAUAAUCUCCUUUUAUUUUUAAGGAGACUUGGUUUCCUGGAAAUGCCUUUGAUUGCGUGUCAGUGUUAAAAUUUAAACUGUUUUAUGUAGCUGUCAGUGGUGGAUAAUUGCUAACAGGUGGAAGGAGAGGAGGAAAAGAUUACAGCAUUGUGUUCAGGAGGUUGGUGGUGAGAUGUGAUUUAGCUGAACAGUCCCCUUUUCACACUUCUCAGAGCAUGAGAACAGGACAUAGUUCCGUUCAUCUGAAGGAGACAAAGCCCAAAAGGAAGCACUUUCACUUCUAAAUUUUCAGGCGGGGAGCGGCACGCGGGCAGAAGUCCUUGCCGUGUUCCUUGAGCGCGCCAAAGAGCAACAGGUUAAAGCUGGCAGCCUGUUAUCUUCGCCGUCUAGCUUUUAGAAAUCCCCAUAACGUAACGCACUUGAAAUAGUUGUCGUCAUCAGCUCCUGCCCUGAGUACUAAGCCUGAUCAAAUACAUGUGACAGAAGAUGGUGGAGUAGAGUGCAGCAGCAAUUCAUGUGGAAACGGACAGCAGAGGCGCAGAUCCAUUCAAGAUCUUAGUGUUGCUGGAACAGAGUCCAGUCAGGAGAGUAGAAACAGCAGUAGAUCAUCUAGUCCUAGUGUAAGAAUGAUCACUCCAUCGGGACCAACCUCUGAAAAGCCAGCUCGUAAUCCAUGGACACCUGAUGAUGCAGAGACCAAUGGGUCAGAUAACUCCAUCCCAAUGGCAUAUCUUACAUUAGAUCAUCAGUUGCAGCCUCUAGCACCAUGCCCAAACUCCAAAGAAUCUAUGGCUGUGUUUGAACAGCACUGCAAAAUGGCACAGGAAUAUAUGAAAGUUCAGACAGAAAUUGCAUUGCUGUUGCAGAGGAAACAAGAACUAAUAGCAGAACUGGACCAGGAUGAGAAAGACCAGCAAAACACAUCCCGUCUGGUACAAGAACAUAAAAAGCUGUUAGAUGAAAACAAAAGUCUCUCAACUUACUAUCAACAAUGCAAAAAACAAUUAGAGGUCAUCAGAAAUCAGCAACAGAAACGGCCAGGCACAUCAUGAUUUCCUGGGACCUUUCAAAUGAAAAAUAUGCACAGAAAAGACUGAUUUUUUUUUUUUUUUAAUUUUAUUUUAUUGUUAUUAUUAUCCCUUAUUAUGACAACUCAUGAGUGUUAGCUUCUUGCUGUGAUCUGUAUUUGUCUACUACACUUAACAUCAUUUAAUUUCCUUUUUCCUAUGGUGGACAUCCAGUUCAACAGGUUGAUCGAAUAAGGUGAGGAAACAGUGGCUUGAGUUAACCAAUGGCACUCAGUUGAAAGCCAGACGGUGGCUGUAUGCAUGCUCCUGGUGUGAAGGCUGGCCUAACAAGUGUUAAAGUGGCUGCUACAUUGUAAGAUCUUAUUUUUAGGUUUUGGUGUUACCUCAAUAAGAGCAAAACAAAAACUUUCCUGUUUAAGAAUGGUUUUGUUCCAGUGUCUCAUCUCAAACUGUUAAUACGACAAUUAUUUGCAGGACUUAAACAAGCACCAAACUGCAGAAGUUACAUUGACUUGACCAGAGUCAUUCGUGGUGCAUUAGCGAUGCCUUUUACCUGUAGACAUAGUGUAUUUUUUCCACAUGCAAAAUGGUAGGCAAACUGAUGCCAGCAUCCUUGGUUCAGUGCUUGAUAGCCCUGCAUUUUGACUAAUGCAUUUCUUGUAAUCUUGGAUUCAUAAAAUAUUUGAAGUAAAAGGCUGUAUUUUCUUUACUUUCUCGGGGGAAUGACCUGCAAUUUCAUUUAGUUGCUGGGCAGAAGUUCUGAAGGUAAUUCACUGGGCAAAGUUGGUCCCUUAUAUAAAACAGAGAAACGUAUGAAACUGUGUUUUAAACCUUUAAAGCUUUUGUCCCUUUUGUCCUUUGGAAGGAAAUUCAGAAUGCAGAGCAAUACAAAAGUUGGAAUACUUGCUCCCUUCAUACCACCUCUUGGAUUUUUGGGUUUUUUUCUUACAACUUAUUUGCUGAAAACCGUUUACCAUAAAUGUAAAUAAGUUUGUUUUAGAUAGGGAAGAAAAGGUUUGGGGAAAUGAAUUGAUUUUAAAUAGCGAAUUAUAAAAUGGAGUUGAGUAUGCAAAUAGCGGAAGCUAUUAAAAAAAUGAAGGAAAUGGCUUAAAUCUUCAUCAGGAAUCUCAGUUAUUCCACUCAUUUGAACAUGGUUCAAAGGAAGUCCGUCACAGAAUGCCUGCUGCCUUUGUGACUAAAGAAUUGCAUUUAAUGAACUCAAGCAGAAUGUGUAAUGAUCAAUCAGUGUCAUUAUUUACCAUUAUUACGUGGGAGAAAAUAGCUACUUGUUUACAUUGCAGAUUGAUUAUUUGGAUUAUGAAGUAACUUUCAACUGGUACAAAAAUAAGGCACUUACAAAUAUAAUGAGAAAUUAUUCCUUACAUAAGCUCUUGGUGUACUCAGUUUUGGGCAGGGUUUUAAUAACAUUCUUUUACAAAAGGAAAAUAGAAAACUGAAGUUUAGCUGCUGAACCCUCAAAAUAAAAGAGAACUAAUCUGAAAUUUGAGUUAUCCUAAUUUCAAAGGAGUAAUUAUUCAUAAGAGCUAAUGAGAAGAACUUGGAAAAACAUUAAGGGUAAAAACCUCACAGGGUUUUUCCCUUCCUGCCUACCUGACAACUAGCAUUAAUGUUAUUGUGCUUAUCUGUGAACAACAAAGGUGACAAACCGUUUACUGAACGGUGUCAUCCUGUCUUGAAAAUCAGUCUGUUGUUGGCAAACCUUUGGGAGUUACAAACCCUUCCCUCGUUUUAUUUAAAUAAAGGAAGGGUUAUCAUUCCCAGAACCUUAGCAGAUAAUUUGAUUAGUUAGCUGAAACUGAUAUUGGGAUCAACUUAAGGGCACACAUAUUUAUAGCAAAAUGUAAUUGGCAGAGAAAAUAACUGUAGUAUUAGGAAUAGCACAAGUUAUCCAAAGCAUUGCUGUUCACAUACAUCUGUCCAUCUACCGAAAUGGGCAUGUUCUGUGAUCAGCAGCUUGCUUGGCAUAUGCUGAAGCAUGAAGUAGAGCAGCAUAAAAUACUAAUGCUCAACUUCAGAUGCAUGGUUGAUAAUUACAUACACAAAAUCAUUUCCCAGGACAGUUUUUACACUUUGCCUUGUCAUCAAACAGAUACACUUAAGGUAAAUCAGUAUUUUAUAUGAGAAGUUGCUUUAUGGCGAAGUUUGAAUAGUGAGUGCAAUGCUAACUUAAUGGUACAUGAUACAAAAGUCUGUUCUAACAGUUGCUUCUGACUUUUCAGGGUUUACAUUAAAAAGGGUCUCAGAUCGUAAUAUAAGUGCUCUGCUUCCAUGCACCGUUGAACUCGGCUCCAUUCAACAGUUGGGUUAUAUUGUUCUUGUAACUUACAAAGGGAAUUUGGAGUUUGACCUUUUGCCUUCCAAUUGUCCCUUUCUUCCAGCAAAAAUUUAAGAAGUAUGUGCGCAGAUUUCUUCAGUGCGGUGUUCUGUGUGGCAAAAUCUGUGUUAUCAUUUAAAAAACACCUGUAAGGAUAGAAUAUAGUGGUUUUGGAUAAAAAGAGUUUAACAGCUUAACUUCUAGUGACCUUUAUUAUUUUCAUAAGGCUCUUGUUUUAAAGUUGUUUACAAACGUAUUUUUAUUUUUCUGUUCAACUGUCUGGAGUGUUCGGGAUUUUUUUCAUGUACUCUUUUAUCCAGUUAAAGCUAUUCCUCUAAUAAUGGAGGUUAAACAUCUAGUUUUGUCUGGGCACUGCCUUCUCAGAAAAGGUAACAGGCUCUGCUUUUUGUUACAGUAUGUGUUCUGUAAGAUACUGUGUAAUUGAAAGUAUGCUUCUGUACACUGUGCAGUUCUACCAAAAAUGCUUUUUUUAGCCUUUUUGGGUUUUUUCUGAUGAGAAGUUGAAGAUUGUAAUUCAAAACUUGUACAUAAAUUGGUGAAUGAUUUCAUAUGAUUCAGGAAUGAGCAGUGUGGCUUUCUGCUACAGGGUUUUAUUGCGUUGUCAGGAAUCUAAUGAAUAAAAGCUGAGACUUCCACAAA